AUGGCGCACAAAGUUAAAAACAAUCAUUAUGUGGCGACACAUCGAUCAGGCGUGGACUCGCCGUCGUCCGGUGCAUAUUUGCAUCGGGGUUCCUCAAGAGAUGAAAAUGACAGUCACAGGGCGCCCUCUGAAAGGACGCUGUCCGAAUAUACGACGGUGGAGGAGCGGACGCGGUCUCCGUCCGGCGAGGCGCGGCACGGCGGCGGCGAGGUGCGCAAUGGCCGCCGGCACCCAAACGGAUCGCCGCGCGCCGAAUCGGGCUCCGACGUUUACGUCACCAGCGGCGCCUACCGACCUCCAUCCGAAAUCAGUCGACAGUCGCGGGCGCCUCGCAGCGUGUACUCCUACCGCAGCGCAGUGGCGCCAUCUGUUGCCUCUACGCACAGAUCCAAAGUCUCCAGAAAGGCAGGCGUGAAGGUGGACGCUAUGGCGGCGCCGAACCCGUUCUGCCCCAACGUAAAGGGCAUGUGCUGCCUGAUGCUGCUGCUGAACCUGGGCCUCAUCCUGGUCACGCUGGGUUUCGUCAUCGUGCUACAGUUCUUCGAGCCUCUGUUCGUCUGGAUACUCGGCAUAGUUUUCCUGAUCUUCGGCUUCAUAACGCUAGUCGGUAGUCUGAUCUACUGCGUGGUUCUCUGCAGGGAGAACCCUUACCCCCGACAUCCUGAUGACUUCUAUUGGACCCAUCACUGGUCCAAGACCAUAGGACCCUCGGAAAUACACUAUAGUGCGAGCGAAAAACCGUAUAGACAAAACGGAAAUGGAGACAGAUAUAAUAAUAAGUACAACGGUAAAUAUUCAGACAGAGAAAGCGCUAAAGGCUACUCUGACAGAGAGAGCAAGUUGACGUUAGCAGAAAGUGUAUUUAUUCAAGGUGUACUCUUCCCUUCCGAUGAACCUUUCAUGCAAACCUGUUCAGCAAUUCCAGCGCGUGAUAAUUUACAAAAAAAACGAGCGAGCCUUACAGUAGUCGCGUAUGAUGUGUAG